AUGCUGUGGCUCCUUUUUGCCACCUCGCUGAGCCUCACAUCACUGGCCAAUGCCUUUGGGGAUGGGGACUUUGCGUCAUCGAAACAGGGCUUCUUGGAGCGCUUCGGAAAUGACUAUGGCUACGGGGGCCGCAUAGAUGAGCUAUGGGCGAAGGAGGUGGGGCCGCGCCUCCCCAGCGACGAGCACUAUCUGGAUUACACAGGCUCCAGCCUCUACUGGAACUCCCAAGUGGCAGCGGCGCUAAAGGAGCUGGAGAGCGCGGCGUUCGGCAACCCGCACAGCACCAACCCCUCCUCCCUGCGCACCGAGCGGCUGGUGGAGGACCUGCGGCGCCGGGUGCUGCGCUUCCUGGGGGCGGACCCGCAGCAGUACGAUGUGGUGUGGACUCGCUCGGGCACCGGGGCGCUGCGGGAGCUGGGUGAGACCUUUCCCUGGUCCUCCGCCAGCCGCUUUGCCUACCUGGUGCCCAACCACAACAGCGUGCUGGGCAUACGGGAGCACGCGCGGGCAGCGGGGGCCUCCUUUGGCGCGGUGGAGGAGGAGGAGGUGGAGGCGUGGCUGCGCGCGGCGGCCGGAGGCGGCGAGGAUGACGCCGCGGACGCGGCCCUGCCGCCCAUCCUGCGAGGAAGCGAGGGCAGCGGCGGCGGCGGCGGCGGUAGCGGCGAGAGCGGGACCCACGGCCGCAGCGCGGGGGCGCAGCCGCACAGCCGGCGGCAGCUGCUCGCGCAGCGGCCGGAGCAGGCCUCGCUUCGCGGCCUGGGCGAUGCAGGCAGCGACGGCGGCACAGCGGGCGGUGCCAGCGUGGCGGCGGGCGCCAGCGAGCCAGAGUACAGCCUGUUUGCCUUCCCAGCCUACGACAACUUUGCAGGGGUGAUGUACCCUCUGCGUUGGGUGCGGGCGGUGCAGGGGCUGAGCACCGCGCGGCACAGGUGGAAAGUGCUGCUGGACGCCGCCGCCUUCCUGCCCGCCCACCCGCUCAACCUCACCGACACACCCGCGGACCAUGUGUGCAUUUCUUUCUACAAGCUCUUUGGAUACUCCACCGGCGUGGGCGCGAAGGUGUACUGGGGCGGCGGCUCCGUCUUCCUGGCCACCUCCCGCCUGGACUGGAAGCACUACCGCCCGCAGGGCCCCGAGCGGUUUGAGGACGGCACGCUACCCUUCCUCAACAUCAUGUCCCUGCACCAGGGGCUGCAGGUGUAUGAAGCACUGGGCGGGCAGGCGGCCAUCGAGCGCCACACCUCCGCCAUCCGCGCCUGGCUGUACGAGCAGCUGGCGGCGCUGCGGCACGGCAACGGCGCGCCGCUGCUGCACAUCUUCGGCCGCCACCACCGGCCCGACAGCCGGGAGGUGCAGGGGUCGACCUUCAACUUCCAGAUCCUCAAGCCAAACGGAGAGGUGUUCAGCUACCGCCGGGCCGCCACGGCGCUGGCUGAGGCUGGGUUCCACAUGCGUUGCGGCUGCACCUGCAACCCGGGAUCCUGCUACGCCUCCCUGGGAAUACGAGACGAGGAGGUGGCGGCGGCGGCGGAGCAGGCUCACGGCAACUUCAGCGACUGGGAAUGGGUGUGGGUGCGGCGCAAGGGGAAGGUGACGGUGCCCACCGGCGGCACCGCUCCCGACCCAGAGGCUGGGCCAGAGGGCGGCAGCCGCCUGGUGCGGCUGCCCCUGGGCUCGCUGCGCGCCUCCUUCGGCUACAUGAGCCGCUUCGAGGACGCCCACGCCCUGCUGUCCUUCCUCAAAAAGCACUACACCGACCGCACCGCCGACGACCCUCCAGCAGCCGCGGCCGCGGCCGCACAGGGGCGCGGCCGGCGGCUGCGCUGGGCGGCGCCGGAGCAGCAGGGGCCGGGCUGGUGCUGA